AUGGCGCAACAGGAAAACGAAUCGAUUGAGAAGUUUGUUCAUCGGCUUCGUGAUCAAGGCCGUCUUUGUGACUACGGUGCUGCUCUGGAGAUGAGGAUCACAGAACAACUAUUUGACAACUGUGUCUCCGACUCGCUAAGAGAAGCAAUAUUGAAAAAGAAGCUGAUGACGGUACAUGAAAUUGCCGAGGAAGGCCGAGUGCUAGAGACGGUAAAACGGAAUCGAGAGCAAAUGAAGAAGCCAGCAGAGGAGCCUCAAGUAAGUCUGGUGAAAAAGCAAGGACGUGAAGAAAUUUGCUAUCGCUGUGGAAAUGUAGGCCAUUUUGCCAAUGAUAAAAGGUGUCCAGCAAAAUCGAAAAUUUGCGACAAAUGUCAAAUUGUAGGACACUUUAAGAAGAUGUGCAAAACUAAAUCCAAUACAAGAAAACUUCAUCAAAAUAAGCCGAAAGUUCAUCAAGUUCGGGAAACUGCGGGAAACGUUUCGGAUUCUAGUGAAGCAGAUGGUGAGGAUUCCGAUGACGUUCAACAGGUGUACUCGACUAAUUCAGGUUUGGACAAAACAACCUGUUUCGUCGGGGGAGUCAAAAUGGAGUGGAUUAUUGAUUCCGGAGCCCACGUCAACGUGAUUACCCGAGGAACGUGGAAGUGGUUGAAGAAACAAGGAUGUGUAGUCAGCGAAAAGAGUAAAUCGAAUAAGGUAUUGCGAGUAUACGGAGAUGGGAAACUAAAAGUGCACAAAGUCAUAAAAGCGGAUAUUUCGACGCGGGAUAAAACAGUUCAUCAUAAAAUUUGUAUAGUAGACAGCGAAAAAGGCGCCAAUUUGUUAAGCCGAGCGACUUCUGUUGAACUAGGAGUACUUGAAAUUCGCGGUGAAAUAUUCAGUGUCAAUAAUUGUAGCGAGCCGCCAAUCGGGAAACUGAAAAACGUGCAAGUCGAAAUAAAAUUGGAUAGUAGUACAUCACCCGUCCAGCAGCCGUGCAGACGGCUUCCGAUCCCGUUAAAGGCGUUAGUGGACGAUAAAAUUUCGGACUUGUUGAGACAAGACAUUAUCGAACCGGCACCACUGGACAUCAGUUGGGCUUCUCCUCUUGUUGUCACUCCGAAAGACGGUGGUCGUAAUGUUCGACUUUGUGUCGAUAUGCGAAAAGCAAAUAAGGCGAUAAUACCGGAAAAGCAUCACUUGCCAACCUUCGAAGAAAUUAUGCCGCACCUGGAAGGGUGCAAAGUGUUCAGUAAGAUCGAUCUGGUGAAAGCAUUUCACCAAAUCGAAUUAGCCCCAGAGUCGCGUGACAUUACCACCUUUGUCACGCAGGACGCAUACUAUCGUUACAAGAGACUUAUGUUUGGAAUGAAAGUGGCCCCAGAAAUAUUCCAACGGUGCAUUGAACGAGUGCUAAAAGGACUGACAGGUGUGAAGGUGUUUAUAGAUGACGUGCUCGUUUACGGAUCGACAACAGAAGAACACGAUACGCGACUGAAGGCCCUUUUAAGCCGCUUAGAGGAGCAUGGACUCACAAUCAAUAAGGCCAAGUGCGAAUUUGGACAGACGAUGGUUAGAUUCAUGGGCCACCAGCUUUCGGAAAACGGGAUCCUUCCAACGAACGACAAAGUUAGUGCGAUCCAAAACUUUCGUCGUCCUCAAACGGCCAGUGAGAUGCGUAGUUUUCUAGGUUUAGUUAACUACGUAGGUAAGUUCAUCCCCAAUUUGUCGAAUCUCACUGCACCACUUCGCAGCAUGAUAAUCAAAAGCGUUAAGUUUCACUGGUCCAGAGAGGCAAAAAGAUCGUUCAACGAUGUUAAACUAGCUUUAUCGAAUCCUAAUCAUCUCACCUUCUACAACCCGAACUACAAAACAAUACUGAUUACGGAUGCAAGCGACAAUGGGCUAGGCGCCGUUCUAAUGCAAUCUAACAAUUCUAAGCCGAGACCAGUUAGUUAUGCCAGUAAGAGUUUAUCGAAAACUGAGAAGAAAUACUCUACGCUUGACAAAGAAGCCCUUGCCAUAGUUUGGGCAACUGAACGAUUCGAAAUGUAUCUCAGAGGAUUGGAUUUCACUAUUCUAACCGACCACAAACCGCUAAUCCAUAUUUUUAGCGAUUCCUCUAGUCCAAACAAGCGACAAGAAAGAUGGAUUCUUCGCAUGCAGUCGUACCGUUAUACUAUCGUAUACGUUCCUGGUGAGGUGAAUAUUGCAGAUCCGUUGUCGAGGUUAUGCGAGGCAAUUGAAACGAGUACAUACGAUAAACAUGGCGAAGAGGGGCUAUGCUCUAUAGCAGAAGUCAACAAACCGGCGGCCAUAACCUUAACCGAGAUUGUCCGUAGCUCCCAGAAUGAUGUUGAGUUCCAGAAAAUACAGAAAGCUUUAGAUAAUGACCUCCUACUGCGAAGAGAUAAAAUCGUCAUUCCCGUCGACCUUCGCGAGAUUGUGAUACAAUUGUCACACACUGGACAUCCUGGAAAGGAGAAAAUGAAGCGGCGUCUGCGAUCAGCUGUUUGGUGGCCGGGUUUGGAUGUGGAUGUCGAAAAAGCGUGUAGGAGCUGCGUUGAGUGUCAGAUGGUGGGACCAGUGAAUAAGCCGGAACCGUUACGAAUUCGGGAAAUUCCGUCAGCUCCUUGGGUUCACCUCAGCGCUGAUUUCUUGGGACCUCUUCCGAAUGUGUUGACAACCGACAAUGCUAAAAACUUUUCUAGUCAGGAGCUCAAGGACUACUGCGUCGAUUAUGGAAUCAAGCUCACUCAUACCACGCCAUACUGGCCAUGUGCGAAUGGCGAGGUUGAGAGGCAAAACCGAUCGCUGUUAAAAGUUCUCAAAAUAAGUCAACAACAAAAAACUGAUUUAACGGAGGCACUCCAAGAGUACCUCUAUAUGUACUCGGUAACACCACAUAGUAUCACCGGAGUUCCCCCUGCAACACUGAUGUUUGGGCGUCGAUUUCGAGAUCUGUUUCCACAUGUACGAGAUGAAGUAACAUUUGACGAUGAAAUGCGUGAUAGAGAUACAGCUAUCAAAUAUCGCGCUAAGGAGAAUCGGGACAAAAGAGUAGGAGCCAAAGAAACGACUAUCAAGGCAGGACAGAAGUGGCGACUGGCGGCAGGGGAGAAUUCUUUCGCCAGACGCACUGGCCUUGAGAGGUCUCCCCAAAGGUCGCCGGGGGAAGGCGAAGGAAAAGUCCGUGGAGGGUCUGAAGAGGUGCCGGUCGAAGUGAAGAUGGACGGCACCACCCUGACCAGAGUCAUCAACUCGGUGAUGACGAACCACGAAGAACGUGGUGGCCAGACGAUGGAGGUGAUCACGGACGUGUCUGACCUGAUCAUGUCGUUCAUGGACACUCGCGUUAACUACAGCAAGGAUCUCAAACUAGCUGUACAGGCGCUCUGCGGCCUGGAGUACUGGAGGCAAAGUCCGAGAGGAGGACCCUACUAG